AUGGCGCCAGUCACUCCUCCGAGCCCGCUGCCGCCGGACGAGAACGUCAACCCGGUCCUCCUCGGCAUCUCGGGCGUGCUCAUCUUCUUCGUCAUCUUCACCACCUCGGUCCGCCUCUACGUGCGCUUCUCGCUGCGGCACACGGGAUGGGACGACUACCUGAUGGGCGUCGUCGCCAGCCUGGGCAUCGUCCGGUACGGCGUCCAGUGCGCACAGGGCGCGUCCGGCAACGGGAGGCAUAGGUGGUACAUCUCGAACGACGACUACGUCCACAACAACAUGCUCGGCUGGUUCGCCCAGAUCCUCCUCUUCUCCAGCAUCUGCCUCCUCAAGUGCUCCAUCAUGCUGCUGCUGCUCCGCAUCAAGAACUCCAGCCGGCUGAAGUACUUCCUGUGGACCGUCAUGUCCGGCCUGAUCGUCACCAACGUCGGCGUCAUCGUCAUCCUCCUGGCCGAGUGCGAUCCCGUCGAGGCCUACUGGACGGGCGUGGGCACCUGCUGGGACCCCAAGAUCCGGAUUUACUCCAUCUACUUAACCAUCUCUUAUUCUGUCUUGACCGACCUGCUGUGUUCAUUCUUGCCCCUAGUGGUCGUCUGGCAGGUUCGCAUCAAGUUGUCGACCAAGCUCUCCGUCGGUGGUCUCAUGAGUCUCGGCUUAAUUGCAACUGGCUUCGGCAUCGCGAGAGCCUCUUCGCUGGGUCUCAAGACCUCGGACCUGAGUUAUGUCUAUGCCGUCACCGCGAUAUGGUCGAACCUCGAGCUCUAUCUCGGAAUCAUUGCCGGGAACCUGGCCCUCUCCCGGUCCCUGUGGUUCUACUUCUUCGGCGAGAAACCGGCGCCGACGUACCCGUCCGCCUACGGGAACUCGUCCCACCCGUCGCGCUCCGCCUACCACAACAACGGCAGCAGGCUGCACGGGGACAACGCCGACGCCAUGGACACCUACAUCCGCUCCGAACGAAGGCCCUCCGUCUCCAAGAGCGACCACAGCGACAUCCCGCUGGAGCCGGGCAUCCAGAAGAGGACCGAGAUCUGGAUAUCGGAGGAGGACGGCGACAGCGACGUGCCCGAGUCAGCGGCGAAGAAGGCGUCGCAACAGACACAACUGUGA